CAUCCCACAGCCAUGUCCUGCUACGAUCUGUGCCGUCCCUGUGGCCCGACCCCCCUGGCCAACAGCUGCAACGAGCCCUGUGUGCGCCAGUGCCAGGACUCCCGUGUGGUGAUCCGCCCUCUCCCGUGGUGUGACCCUGCAGGACCCAUCCUCAGCUCCUCCCCAGAACACCGUUGGGAUCCUCCACCUCUGCUGCUUGUUGGCAGCAUCCUGAGUGAGGAGGGAGUGCCCAUCUCUUCUGGUGGCUUUGGCAUCUCUAGCCUGGGCAGCCGUUUCUCUAGCAGGAGGUACCUGCCCUGCUAAGGAUGAGCUGGAAUCCCUUGAGCCCAUUGCCCAGGAUGCCCAAAGCCUGAUGCUGAACUGAGGACAGAGCUGCUGGCCAACAUUUCCAGAUGGGCUGAGCACCUUUCCCAGCUAUUACAAUCAGGGAAUAUGACCAGCAGAUGUCUUCUUCUUCUACUUUCUUCUCAACAUCACAAGAUCAUCUUGUAUCCUGCUGUCCUAUGCAUUGGGUUUAUCCUGAAGCAAGUGGAGAUGGUCCUGCUUCUUCUCCCUCUCACAGUGUGAGAGAGGAAGACCUGCAUCCCAUUCUGGUGGAAAUGUGUCUGAGUACCAGCUGCCCCCAUAGCAGCCUGGACCAGAUCCCUUCCAUCAUGCAUUGCUUCUUUUCUACCUUCCGACUCAAUAAAGUUUAUGCUG